AUGGGUACUUCUGCUUAUUGUACAUCACUGUACGUAAACUUGUUGCUUUUAAUAUCAAAUCAUUUGAACUGCUUAUAUAUUGCAGGUCUUCUGAAUCAAGAAACUCAUCAACAAUUAGCUGAGCGUAAAAAAUUACAUGUAGUGGAACUGUCACCACAACGGCGUUACUUUCCAGUGAAAGUGGCUUCGCCGAUUCGUUCCGAGUUGAGGACGGAACAAGAUAUCGAACCCAAAGAAAGAUUACUGCUGAAUGAUUUUUAUGGAGAAGGGCGUUUACCAAUUAUCAAGCAGGAGGUCCCGUUCUAUGCCAAUCUUCCGAAUCAUCUCGCAGCCGAAGCUCUCAAAUAUCGGUUUCGAAAUCGGGACAAAUGUAUGAUUCGACUAAUGGCUGAUGAUGUGGUACCACGAUGGACUCGUGAUGAACGUAGGAAGUGGGCCGAUCAAAAACAUCAAGACGUUAUGGGUGGAUUAAUUCCA